ACAUCCCCAGCAACAUCCACGGCAGCAGCAUCCUCCACAGAAAUACCACUAUCAGCUGCGAGGACAGCCUCAGAGGAGCCGCGCUACCGCCGAGAGAAUCGAGCGAGGCAUUGCCAUCGGCCCUCCAGUCGGCCUUACCACCACUGCUAACAAUAAUACGGCCUCUCCCUCUGUGCGUCCAGAGACUCCCUCGGACCAGCAUCAGCAUGCAGCCAUCAACACUCCGCAGUCAGAGCACACUCCGGCCUCGUCCCGUCCUCCAUCCGCUCUUGACCAUGUCAUUCCUACUUCCCCCACAUCUAUAUCUACCUCUGGAGUGACCACCUUCGGGUUCAUGCAUGUCGUCUGCAUCCUGCUGAGCAUCAUGAUGGCACUUAACGGCUACCUCCUUCGCGACGAGAUCGCCUCUGCCGCCCGGUCCAUCCUCUACUCUCCCUCCGGACACUAUGGAAUGCCCAACUGCACCGAGAGCAUCGGCCAGAUGCUGGCCACCGUCGACCAACGCCUGACUUCCAUGACCAAGGAGAUCUCUUUUCUCAAGCAGGAAGUCAACAAAGCUACUCCUCCACCUGCAUUACCAAAAGCGAACCCCCUGGAGCCACGUCGACCCAACUUCUUCUCUCUGGGCUUCGGUGCCACUGUCGACCCUUACCUGAGCUCCCCUACCCUGUCGUCUACCAGGAGCUUCCUCGACCGCCUCCGCCGUUUUGCAGGCGGCAUCCGCCCUGGCCCUUCCCCUGUCUCUGCCCUGCAGCCCUGGGACGAGAUUGGCGACUGCUGGUGUGCGUCCACCUCUACUUCUCCUGCUUCUGCUUCCAAGAAGGAAGACAAGAUCCAGCUCUCCGUCGAGCUUGGCCGCCCCAUCGUCCCCGAAGAAGUGAUUGUCGAACACAUGCCGCGAGAGGCCACCCUGGACAACGGGGCCGCAGCUCCUCACCUGAUGGAGCUCUGGGGAGAAUACACGGACGCAAACACCGUUGAUGAAGUGAGAUCGUCCCUGGCAGCAGUGUGGCCUGGAGAAGCCGAGUCCGGCUACGCCCACGAGCCGUCGCUGGGCCCAUCGUUCGUCCGUCUUGGCCGCUGGCAGUACGACAUCCAUGCAGCUCAUCACAUCCAGCGGUUUAGCGUUGCUGCGGCGUCGGUCCACGAUCUGCCUGCCACCAGCAAGGUGGUCGUUGUCGCGAGGUCCAACUGGGGCCAGCGAGAGUACACCUGUCUCUACCGGCUGCGACUACACGGACGUCUCUAGCACUCCGUACUUCUCAUGUACUUCUACUUCUUCUACUUCUUUUGUUAUGGCGCUACUGGCCUGCCGUCGCUAGCAUGUCAUCUUAGAAAUAAUCAAAGGCAUCAAGACAAGACGGCCGUUCGUCUCAGAUAGACUGCUGGUUCCCGAUCUCCUUCUCCUUCGGCUCUCCCGGUUUCACCAUCUCUCGUCUCGUCUAUCCUAAACACUUCAUCUACUGCCUUUUCAUCUAUCUCAUCUUCCCGUCUAUCAUCCAAGUCACCCCGACUAUCGCCGCCAUCGACUGUCGCUAGCAUGUAAGUAACUCGCAGUAACUGACUAGGGCGACACGAGGCUUGCCCGUCUCCAUCCAACGUCCCGCGACAGGGAUGAGAAGUAACAGUCGAAGUCUUCUUCUCUUCUCUUGUUAUUCUCUUGUUAUUCUCUU